AUGGAAAGCCAACUUUCAAAUACGUCGGACGCUCUGGACGCGAUUAAAUCCCUAUACGAAACGGGAAAAUAUGCAGAUAUGAAAAUUCGCUGCGAAGAGAAAGUGUUCGACGUUCAUCGUGCGGUAGUUUGCAUCCGAUCACCGGUGAUUGCUGCAGCUAUGGAUGAUGAUCGUUGGGAAGAAGCUGCAAAAGGCGAAUACCACAUGAGUGAUGAGGAGCUGCCAAUUGUGGAGGUGAUGAUUAAGUAUUUGUAUUGUGGAAGUUAUGAUGAUCAGGUAGCCUUGGAAAGUAAAGCUUCGAAUGAUGAUUCACAGGUUGGAUUGCCGUCGAGUCCCCCCAAACAGGUGACAGGAACACUCGCAAAUCCAUCGAGCCAACCACGUGAAAUUAGGUGGUCGGAUUUUGCAAGAUCCGGAGGAUCCGGACUGAAUACUGCAUUUGGACAGGCGGAUCCUCAAGUUGCUCCCAUUACGAAACCAUCAUCAUUACUCUUCAACGCCAAAGUGUACAUUAUCGCUGAUAAAUACAUGAUCCCAGCUCUCAAAAGUCUAGCACAUGAGAAAUUUACAAAAAGUCUGAGGGAACAUUGGAAUACUCCAGAGUUUACUGCCAGUGCAGAGUUCCUCUGGGAAAACACUCCUGGAUCUGACAUGCUUCUUCGGAGAGUUCUGGUUGCGACUGCUGCGACUCACAUAGAUGUUUUACUUGAUAGAGGAGAGUUUGUCGAGUUUAUGUCAGAACAUGGAGAUUUUGCUGUGGGGGUUAUGAAGAAGAUGAAGGGAAGGGAUGACUCGGUUGUGGCUACUCCCAAUGUUGAUCAAGGGGCCAGGAAUUCCGGAAAACGUAAUGUGGUGGUGCUACCUAGACAUCGAUAUUCAAUAAUGGAAAUGGUUAUGAGAGAAUCUGAUCGAUCAUUAUCUCGAGAGAGCUUUGCAAAUACAGAAAACGAAGAACACACAUUGAUUGAAAAUUUAAUGGAGAGUGCAUCAGUAUCACGUCUAUCAUCGGCACAGGGAAGUUUGGCGCAUGACGAAGACGAGGAACGCGAUCAUGUAUUGAGAGAUGAAAAUGCAACGAUGAAGACGUUAGCGGCGGAUUUUGAUAGGCAAUCAUUAGGGGAGGAGAGCUUGCCAAAAGUACGGCGACAACACAAUAUUGGGAUGGCGUGUAAAUAUUGUGUAUUAUGUCAAGCCCAAUUUCCCCCCUUUUUUUCAGAAAUUUCGGGUAUUAAUACUUUCUGGAAAUGGCGACCAAAACGACAAGUGCAACCAUGGGAGUACAAAUUCCGUGCCGUCAUUGAAAUAAAUAGAGAUGAUGAAGAAGAAGAAGAUAUUGGGAUAACGGGACUGAUGACCUUUCCAGAAGGUGAUAGUCAAGAAAAGCUUGUGGCAUUGAUACCUUCUUCAUCGACCGAAUUUCUUUUAAACACAGUUUACAGUCCAGAUAACCCACCUUAUUGUGAAGCGUUUUGCUUCCAUGAUUGGUGUUAUUCGAUUCUUCGCUGGAGGCUGGGAAAGUAUAGCGAUGCUACUUUACAUAAGGUUUGCAAAAGUCUUUCAAUCUCCCCGGCGUGGGAGAAUAUCGCAGAGUCUGAAGCUUGCUUGUAUGACCAGGUUGUCAGAAAUAACCUAUUGUCAGAUAUGACCGAGCUUGGUCCAAAGUACCAACCUUUAUUCUUGUCGAAGCUACCCCUAGAGUUGAGAGCACUUAUCUGGGGAUAUGUCGGCCCAUCAUCUGCUUAUAGCUCGUUUAUGAUCGUGGCCAGCGAAACAUCACGUUUGUUUUAUAAGAUGCAUCGUCCAGCACAACUUGCUUUGGUAUUAUACCCCAAAUCACAUCUUGUUCCAAAAAUGAUUAGGAUCUUCGGUACAGAUUACAUACAGAGCCUCUGUGCUGAGUCAACCACAAUUCCAAUCACCGACUCAGCAAUUGCUUGCUCCUACAAACUCGCAAUAGGAACUCACGGUAUAUGUGCAAUCCAGAUAAUCAGUGAGGAUGGAUCUUCUUAUUGGGUUGGUAAAGUCCCUGCAUCUGGUCUCCUUUGGUAUGUCGACGCCCAACGAGAUUUUCGCAGAGACGUUAAGCUCCAUUACACUUUCAAACAGGGUCUCAAUAUAGAUGUACGCAAAAUGCAAACUUUCAGAGACGGAAUAUGGGACAGAGUUGAUUCACCAAAAUGGUCACAGGGAGGGUCAUUCUUGAAUUAUAUUCGUCGAGAUGGGUAUGGCUUAUACAGAUACAUCCCAUUCUAUAGUGGAUAUGAAUACAUUACAGGAAUAACGAUUCACUAUCAUAAGGAAUUUGUUACUGGGAUGGAAGCUUAUUAUGGGAAAAUCACUGAGCUCACAGGACUUUACAGCGGGGUGGCUCUUCACUUACCUCUGGAGUUCAGUGAACGCAUAUCUUAUGUAUGGAUCAAGCUCGAGGAAAAUAGAAUUCAGCGCUAUUACGAUCCAGCAUUCAUUAUCCAAACCACACAUGGAAGGACAUGUCAUCUGGGGCCGUAUGUCCCCCAUGAUGAGUACAAAUUCUACCAGUGGAAUCGUUUGACAUUUCAUGGACAAAUCACGGGAAUUUGUGUUGAGAAUUUUGAAUGGACCUUGAAGAACUUCAAUAUCAUCAGUGAUGGAAAUGAAGUGGAGCCUAUGCAACCACUACUUCACUACGAGACACCAAAACAACGACCUUACAUCUACCUUCCUCAAAAUUCCAAAUAUGGUGACUAUGAUCUUUAUUUUAGUUCUGCAAAGUUUUCCCAGAUGAAGAGGGUAACUUUAUGCAGGAUUAAUGAACGCUGCAUGGGGAUUCUAAUACAUUACCUGUUUAAACCGCCUGUCGUUUUGGGGCAAUGGUAUAAACCAGAAGUAUCAAGUCAUCAGAUCAUAUACGAUAGAAGCCAUCCUCCGCCUUCGAAAAUAAUGUUCCGAUCGGCACGAUUCGAGAACUCCGAAGAAGGUUUUGUGGUAGAUGUCAGUUUCACACAGGAAGAACUUCCACCUAUUGAUAUGAAUGAUCAAGUACAGGUAUUUGAUCUUGCCCUUGAACAGCAUAUUGCCUGGUGGUUCACAAACUCCACGGAUCUUAUUAGCCUCUGGAAUCUAGGCGAAGAGUCUGCACAAGGUGUAGAAAUGAGAGAAAUUAUCUGUCGGGAUCACGAAAUCCACACCUCGAAUGAACAGAUUGAUAAUACCCCAGAUAUCUUCAAAAACACAGCGAUGGAAGGCGAGAAUGAUCAUGACAUGACCCCGCAAAGUUCGACUGCAGUGGUCGGGGAAUCACGCAAUGAUAACGAGAUAGUGAAUUCUGAUUUCGUCACCCCGUACGAUGGAAUCGAUUCACCUGCCGAGAAUGCAGUUGAUGAAAGAGAAGAGGGGCCCGAGACCUUCAGAGCCGAACAUGAAAUGUCAGGUAGCCAAAACGAAGAUGAACAGGAAAAAGAGAACGAUGGAGCAUCUGUUCCACUUGCUUAUGCCCAGGCGAGUGAAUACUGUAUCCUCUGUCGAGCUCGACUUUUUCCUUUUUAUUUUGUAAAUGAGCCAAACCGCCGACGAUAUCAAGAAUGGCUUUCCGAAAAUCCAGCCGAGCAAUGGCAGCUGAAAACACGCGCAGUCAUGAAUCUCCGAUUGGAUGAUCAUGAGAGUCCCGUCAUGACAAAAGUUUUCAUGUUUGAUUCUCUAGCAGUCGACACCUCUUUAGUUGGUCAUCCUGCAUAUAGGAGAAUUGUUCUGGACCCCCGUCCAGAUCUAGAUGAUUAUAUAGACACAUCUGCUCAUUGUUUCCACGAUUGGUGCUAUUCAGUUUUAAGUUGGAAAACAAAGCAAAAUAGUGCCAAAUUUUUGUUUGAAUUGGGUAGGAACCUCAAUACUUCGACUGUUUGGGAGAAACCUGCUGAAUGGAAUGGUCCACUCUACCCACAAAUCGACAUUAAUGCCUUACUCUCUACAGCCGACGAUGGAUUCGCAAGGCUUCAACCAUUGUUUCUCUCAAGACUUCCUGUUGAGAUUCGUUCUCGAAUUUGGAGUUAUGUUGGAUCCGAAACAGCCUAUUCUGCAUUUUUAGCACUAUUCAAUGAGGUUUACGACACAGAAGACAUCCGAGCCUCAGCCCAAGAUACAAAAUCCAGUGGUGGAAUUGAAAUUUUACAAACAGUGACCGAGAUCGAUAUCGUUUCAAGUGUACACGGCAUCUACGCCAUCAGAUUUUCGGGGUCUAGUUGGACGUCUGAGUGGCUGGGCAGGAUUCCUCAAACAGACCAUUCCUGGUAUGGCACAAUUCAGGUAGACGACACCAACUUAUUGAUAUACUCCCAUAAUGUAAGCUUCCUUGAUUGUUCAUCUCUGAACGAGGUCUAA